AAAAAAAAAAACACAAACGGUACUUUUUCUGAGAGGAUGUGAGAAAUCAGGCUUAGUUUGUCGACUGAAUUAAAUUAUGGCUAAAAGACACAACCAUUUCCAUGGGGAUCGAGGACUGGAGUCAAGGGACAGGCUUCCUUCUUCUGCCGGCACCAGCAAAGGGGCCACACAGGACCUCGCUGAGAUACUUAAUGAACUCUGGAACCUGGAUACAAACCGUCUCAAGCCGGGGACUGAUUACAUCAUCUCCCUCCAGGGGAGGGCAGGCUACGUGGCUCAGGGGAGUCACUAUGCCAGAGACAAGGCCAAGGCCCCCCUCUUCACAUACGUCGAUGAAGACAAGCUCAGGAGUAUAGACACAUAUGACCAUUUCAUCAAAUUGCUGGACAACUACGAGACAUCAACAGGUGUAUCUGAGAUUGUUACUUCAGAGGAGCUUCAGGAGAACUAUCUCUUUCUGGAUAGCAUCCUGGAGACCGAUGUCAUGAAGUGCGCUCACCAGUAUCUAGUCAGAAAGGGGUGGUCACCAUCAGACCAGGCGCAGUUCAAGAGGCAGCUGUUCGACAUCUGGUUCCGCCUCUACCACAGAGACCGGAGAGGAGGUGAGGAUUCCUGCGGAUUCGAACAUGUUUUUGUUGGAGAAACCAAAUUUGGCCAGGAAGUUAUGGGUCUUCACAACUGGGUCCAGUUCUACCUGCAGGAAAAGCAUGGCCAUGUUGACUACAAAGGCUACAAAGCAAGGGACAACAAAGAUACACCUGAUGAAGAUGACCACGUCCUGAACCUACAGUUCAGUUGGAAGGGCUUAUUGAAACCAGUUGGCGGCGCCUUUAUUGGCGUUAGUCCUGAGUUUGAGGUGGCGCUCUUCACCAUAAUCUUCCUCAUGUCAACUGAAAAGAUGACAUCUGUCAUGGUGAAAGUGGAUGAGUACAUGUUGGAGCUGGUUGUCUAUCGGCACAGCCGAUCCAUUGGCACAUCCUUCCCAAAAUUGCUCAGCAGCAACAACAGGGAUUUGUAACAAAUCUAGAUCCAGGUUCACUUUGUAGUAAACCUCGGUCUACAGUAUAACAUUCAUUUAUGAACCUCUUGCUCUGGAUUGAUAUAAUGUAAGAAAUAUAUUAUUAUUAAUCACAUUUAAUUUCAUAUUUUGCUUACUGUCAUGGGAUAAAUAAAACAUUUUUCUUUUUUCCUUUCUGUUUAUACAUUUGCUUUGAUAACCGCUAAUCCAAGUGAAAAACUGACUGAGCUAAAUUGAUAAACUGCUAAAUGUUUUAGCUGAAGCUCUCACUUACUACUGUUUUAUUUUUUAUGAAUUAUGCUUUGUUUUUGUUUGUUUGUCUUUUUUUCUAAACCCUAAAAACAGAUGUAAAAGUUAGCUGAUAUAAAUUUAGUGGAAGAUGAUUCAUCUGCUCAUGGCUUCUGUUAAUUAAAAAGCUAAUCUGCUAA